AUGCCGCGACAAAUUGCCCGACUGGCUCGCACCCUCUUCAGUCGUCCUAACCUAGCACGCGCAGUAGCCCAACUCACGCUGCGGCCCAUCAUCCAUCUUGUCGAGAUCCCAUUCACCACAUUGUCCGCGGCUGGCAAUCCAGUACUCCAGGGCUUCUUCCAGCAUACACGCGUGUAUAUGGGCGAGACACAGAUUGCGGCACUCCUCCUUGCUUCUCUCCCGAACUUGAAAGAGCUCGAUCUGCAAAUCAUCUCCAACGGUAGCCUGCAUGAGCUCGACAGCGGUCGUUAUGGCCAUGCAUGUAGCGUACAGUGCAGGCUUCCAGUCAAGGCUGGGUCACACCCCCUCGAUAUCGCCAUGAACCCAGGAUUGAAGGCGCUCCGGAAGCUGCAUCUGCAUGCUCGUCAUAUCAGCUGGGAUUGGCUGGCGUUGUCUUGCCUGAGGGCUGUCACCCUUGGCCUUCACUGUAGCGUCGAUUGGGAUACUGCAUCAGCAGGUGUCUCCAGGGUCGAAGAACUGGUGCUGAAUCUGACCACCGAGGUCUUUCUUAACGACGACCGGAGAUACAAAGAUCUACCCAAACUCUUUCAGCGAAUGCCCUGCCUGCGAUCGCUCACCAUCAACAUAAGCAACAAGUGCUUAGCUCCAGGGCCAAAUCAGAUCGAGGCUAAUAUUCUUGGGAAUGAUGCGCGGGGAAGCAUGGAAAUCCUCAUCGAAACUAUGGCUGCAGUAUCGCAGACACUAGAAGUGCUGUGCAUCAAGAAAGCCGGCACAGAUCCGGAUUGCUUCAAGUACCUGGAGCCGGUAACAAGCCUGGCCCACUUCAACCAAAUGAAGCACCUUCAAAUACCCAUUGAAGGAGUUUUGGAGCGUGGCCUGGUGUCGAGAAAGAGCAUUGGGGAGAUACUGCCAGACGGGCUUGAACAGUUGCGCCUCUCAGGCCUAUCUGUAGAAGCCAUGAAGAGGUUGGAAGAUGUGUCCUCGGAAGAUGCUAGUCUGGCGUUCCCGGCCUUGGCAUACAAGAAUGGCGACUUCACCGACUUGGUUAUCAGCUGCGGCAAUUCGACAUUCGAUGUGCACUCGGUCGUCGUUGGCUCAGCAUGCGAGUUCUUCGCGAACAACAUCAAAUUCGGUGGAAAGGAAGCUGAUGAACGACGCAUCGAUCUGCCAGACGACGACCCAGAGAUGAUCCGACGUUUAAUCGCUUACCUGUAUCUGGGCGACUACGAUCCCACCGACGACAUUGGCAUCGCCGCGUUCGAACAACUCAAGCAAUAUGACCUCAACACAGCAGCGGCGCCCGCUCACCACCCCCGCCGAUACGCAUUUGGAAGCUCUCAGCGUCAUGAUCAAUGCGCUUGCCUCGCGUUGAACCUCAAGAAUAUCGAGCAGUCGGAAAUGAAAAUAGAGCAGCAGAAGAAAGCGUCCCAAUAUGUCAGCCACCGAAAGCCCGACAACAGCAUCGAAAUCACCAGUCCGCUUACAAUACACGCGAGCAUGUAUGCGCUCGCUGAUAAAUAUCAGGUGAAGGGGCUUAGCCGACUUGCAAAGACCAAGUUUCGCGAGAGCCUGGAUCACCACGUUGAUUCGGAAGACUUCAUCGCUGCCGUGCAACUCACGUAUAGCAAUACCCCAGAGACCAACCGCGGUCUUCGCGACGAGAUAGUGCAGGCUUUCCGGACAUAUUUCAAGGUGGACAUCACUGAGUUACCUGGCCUGGAGUCGAAGCUAGACAGCAUUGACGAGUUGGCUUUUCUGCUUCUCAAAUCCUGGCCCAGGAAGAUGGAAUCCGCAAGCCCUCAGAAGUUUGUCCCGUCUGCAGGUGCCGCUCACACGGCUUCUCAUCUGGUUAUUACCGCUGGUCCGCCCACCUCCGGUACCAACGCGACUUCCGCUUCUUCCAACGCUCCUGUGACGACCACUGGGUUUGCCUCUUAUGCUCGUACGUCAGCGGCCACUACCUCUAGUACUCCAGCCACCGGAAGCUUGUUCGGAAGCCUCCCCCCACGUGCUUCGGGUGGAUUCGCAGGCUUCUCGUUAACACCCAGUGGUACUGGUAACGCUGGAUCAAGUCAGCCAACUCGUCCUUUCGGAUCGUAA